UCAAGGUAUGGUAAUAAGGUUACGUAUUAGUUAUUUUAAGCAGGGUUGUAACUUGUAAGAUAAAACACGUUGGUUGUUUUCUCGGCUUGUCAAAUCUGAUUUUUCAGUAUUUAGUCGUAAAGUUAUACUGUAGGGCUAGACAAAGCAUAGUUUUAAGAUGUUUUCAUGGUUAAAUAGAAACGAAGAUAGCAAAAAACAGCCAGAAAUUUUCGAAAAUGUUGUUGAAGGUUUGAAGAAAGUGUAUAAAGCGAAGGUCCUCCCACUGGAAGAUGCCUAUUGUUUUCAUGAUUUUCAUUCACCACCUCUUGAUGAUGCUGACUUUGAUGCUAAGCCAAUGAUUUUACUAGUUGGUCAGUAUUCCACUGGAAAAACUACUUUCAUUAGAUAUUUGUUAGAAAAGGAUUUUCCAGGUAUUCGAAUUGGUCCAGAGCCUACUACUGAUCGGUUUAUUGCAGUUAUGUACGGAGAACAAGAUGGUAUUGUUCCUGGAAAUGCAUUAGUAGUGGAUCCAAAGAAACAAUUUAGACCACUUUCAAAAUUUGGAAAUUCCUUUUUAAAUCGAUUUCAGUGUUCCAUGGUAAAGUCAGAUGUCUUGAAAAGUAUUACGAUUAUCGACACUCCAGGUAUAUUGUCUGGAGAGAAGCAACGUGUUGACAGAGGCUAUGACUUUACUGGUGUUUUAGAAUGGUUUGCAGAAAGGGUAGACAGAAUCAUUCUACUCUUUGAUGCUCAUAAACUAGAUAUUUCUGACGAAUUUAGACGAAGCAUCGAGGCUUUAAGGGGUCAUGAUGAUAAAAUUAGAAUUGUUUUAAACAAAGCUGACAUGGUAGACCAUCAGCAACUCAUGAGAGUUUAUGGUGCUCUGAUGUGGUCGUUGGGAAAGGUUCUUCAGACUCCAGAAGUGGCAAGGGUUUACCUUGGAUCAUUUUGGGAUCAACCUUUAAAAUAUGAUAUCAACAGAAAAUUAUUUGAGGUAGAGGAACAAGAUCUUUUCCAAGAUAUCCAAAGUUUACCGAGAAAUGCUGCCCUUAGAAAGUUAAAUGACUUAAUCAAGCGUGCUAGACUUGCAAAGGUACAUGCUUACAUCAUCAGUAUCCUUCGCAGAGACAUGCCAUCUGUUUUUGGGAAGGACAGCAAGAAAAAAGAACUUAUUAAGAACCUGGGCAAUGUGUAUGCAGAGAUUCAAAGAGACCAACAGAUUCCUCCAGGUGACUUCCCAAAUCUGAAGGAAAUGCAGGAAAAAUUAAUUGACCAUGAUUUCACAAAGUUUCACCAUAUGAAACUAAAGCUUAUAGAAACAGUUGACAGGAUGUUAGCUGAAGAUAUUUCUCGGCUUAUGAGUAUGAUUCCUCAUGAGCAGAUUGAAAGCACCAACAAUGGUAAUGUUAUUGGAGGAGCUUUUGAAGGAGUGGCAGAGCAGAGCCCCUUUGGCUAUGGCCGUGGUGAAGGGGCUGAUGCUGGUUCUCUGCAACAAGAUUGGGUUGUUUCUAAAGAGAGGUUCAAGUAUGAUGAAAUUUUUGAAAGUUUGAACCCUGUAGAUGGAAAAAUAUCUGGAGCCAGUGCUAAGGCACAUAUGGUAAAUUCUAAGCUUCCCAACUCUGUGCUGGGGAAGAUCUGGAAGCUUUCUGAUCUGGAUAAGGAUGGGAUGUUGGAUUCAGAUGAGUUUGCUUUAGCAUUGCACUUAAUUAACGUUAAACUUGAGGGUCAUGACAUUCCAACAGAGCUCCCAAAACAUCUUAUUCCUCCAGGAAAGCGCAGUUUUGUAGCUUGAACUUUGAAAUUUAUAAAGUCCACAGUUGUUUUUAUCUGUGCUAUGAUAAACUUAUUUAUUACCUGAAUGAUAACUACAUGAAACCUCAUUUAUUUGUAGUAUGUACAGAUUGUUGCUUACAAGGAAAAGGCUCACAAGCUUUGUUCAUUGUUUACCAUUCCAAAUACCAAAGUUUUACAAUAUAUAUAAUCUUUUAAGUACUUGUAUUGGGGACCCAUAAAGUAUAUAUGCAUACAUAAAUAUUUUUUAAAUGCUUUUAUAUUUACUUGCACAUCUUAUAUUAUUUUAUAUUAAACAAGAAUAUAUGAAGGUGUAUUUGUUUUGUCUGAAUCAUGUGUUAGAAUGUAUAGCAAAGUAUUGUAAUAGUUAUCUUAUUUUUAAUAUAAAUAGAUGUGUGAUACUAUAAAUUGUUUUAAGGCUUUUUUGACUAAAAUCAAAGAGUUUUCUUUUAUUGUCUCAUGUUUUAAGAUAUAG